ACAGUUAUUUAAAUGAAAACCUUCAAGAUUACAGCUUUAAAUCUAGUGUUGCUUGAGGAAACAGUUGGUAGUUGCUAGGAAACAGUUGUUUAUCUAAGUUUAGUUGGAGCCAAAUGUUUACAUUUAAAACUAUUAAAAGGACUGCAGAAGUUCAGUGUUCAAUUUCAGAACUUUCACCUACUUUUGCUGGUCUGAAACAUGUACGGCCCUCCAGUGGAUCUAUCAUUUAUGGAUAUCAACAGUGUCACAGGUGCGCUUGCAGAGGUCCCCCGAAAUGGACUGCGGCCUUUAAAGACAAACUCUAAGGGGAAGUAUCAGAGCUGCAGUUUGCGUCUCAGUAACAACAGCAUCUCUGACAUCAUCGGCCUUCAGUACAUUCUCAACCACUUUCUGGCUCAACCGUCGAAGCUCGGCUGGCUGGACCUGUCGUUUAACAAAAUCACAUGCUUAGACCCAUGUUGGUCUCUGUUCCAGCUGUUUUGCGAGCUGAGUGAAUUGCGUGUGUUGUACCUUCACGGCAACAACAUCUGGAACCUGUCAGAUGUUGACCAGCUGAAAGAGCUGCAGCAUCUACAUACCAUCACGCUCCAUGGGAAUCCCAUAGAAACCAACAUGAACUACAGGAAUCAUGUGAUUACUGCCCUGCCCCAUUUGAAGAAGAUGGAUUUCAGUGCUGUGACUCGUGAGCAGAAAGUUCUGGCAAAUGUUUGGCUUCAUUGCAGAAAUCGUGGGAAGAACACAAGGGAGAGAGUCCAGUGAUUGUCCCCCAUUCAUUAAGUCAUACAUUUGAUUAAUUGAUUUUCAACCCACUUGUAAAACAACUUUGGGAGUAAAAAUGUUGAAUUGAUUUAAUAAAUGAUGCCAGUAAAGCUUUCUGAAAUGUUUUUUUCCCCCUGGGUUACUUCUGUUAAAGUUAGUGUGGAUAAAUUACAGUAUAAAAGGUAUUUGACUGAACAACAUCAUGUUACAAUAACUGAUAACUUGUAGUUUUUUUCCCCAUAUAAAGUGUAGAUUCAUCUUCACACAUGUUUAACACACAGUUAGAUAAUUAGCAUUGUGUGUUGUUCAACUGGUUGUAAAAUAUGAGAAUACUGGUCUGUUUAAGUUCUUUGUUUACAGAUAUUACUACAUCACUUUUACUAUUACUACUACACUAUUGUUAGCCAACCAUUCUGUCCUUUUGAAUUAUUUCAAUUUACUUUUACCUCAGCAACUUUUUCAGAGUAUACACCUUUUGUGUUUCACAUGUGUGCUCUUCCAGAGAUCUAAUUAUGUGGCAACAAGAGUGCAAUUAAAGGUCACCUGACUGAAUCUGAAAUAUAACAACGAUAUAUGUGUGUAUACUGUAAACUGGAGAUGUAAAGUGAAUGUAGGAUAGGUUUGGAACCCAAUUUGCAGAGACGCACACACGCACACACACACACAAGUAACACAACUAUGAAUGUGACACGUUCGGUUCACAUUGUAAACAGCUUUGGUUCACUGCUAUUGCUGUCUGGUCUUGUUAGAGGAGAAAUGUUGACCAUAAAUCAGCCCUGAGGCUGAUUUAACUGGCUGUCUUCCAGGCUCUAUUUGUUGAAGAAUUGUCACUUAAUGUUUCCCCCAGCAAAACCUUUAAUUGGUGGAAUGGAAAUGCCCCUGAAUCAGCAUUUACACCAUAUGACUCAAAAGCUGACAACUGAAACCAAUGCUAAUGGAAUUGUUUGUAAGUGAAUUUAGACAUGAAAUUGAAUCUUGUGUAAAGUAAUUCUUGAUGACACUCAGUUUCCUUUGAUACCUGUUCUAGCAUGGUUCUUUUGAAACUGCAUUUAGACCAUGUAUUUCCUACUGUGCAGUGAAGCCGAUAUCAAUGAAUGUCUUUUAGUAGCAUGGCAGCUGCACUCAGCAGGAAGGCUCACUUUGAUUGUACAGUGCUUGAGAAAACACUCACAUUCAAAACCAGAUUGUUGGACUGCUGGUUAGAUACUGUACAUGGAGGUCACUUUUAUUGUUGACAUUUCAGAUGUGCUUUUCUGUUUCACAUGUUGAAGGCCAACGUAAACUGCAG